CGCCGCUGAGUGUAAAAUGGCUCCGGGAGCGUCCAACGCUGAGAUGUAGGAAAACGACAGAAAACAGACAGCGUUAAGUCACCGUCUCAGAGUGCUUUUUAAAAAACCUGGCCAGUGUUUUUGAAUAUGAACGCAUUUCCUUUCAAGCAGGUUAAUUAUCAUGUUUACUGACGAGGUCUUGGACUCAGUGAGCGUUCAGUCGCUGUGGAGGAAGUCUCAGCAGGCGGCGCAGGAGUCGAAAGGCUGUCAGACCAGAGUGGUGCACAGUGCUGAGGCAGUAGUGCAGACUGUGUCCACUACCAUCAGUUCUACUCAGACUGAGCCACAGGACCAGGAGACAGAGCAGCUUCUGCUUCUCCUACAGAAGCGUGAUGAGCCAGAGCCUCCUGGCCUGAGGGACUUCCUGCAGCGCGUUGAGGGUUUGGUCAUCAGAGAGUUGGUGAAAAAUGCCAAAAGUCACGCCUUUGACGGGUUGCUGGUGAACUGGGAAGACUACAGUCAGCGGGUUUCCUGCCUGCAUUGUCUUCAACAUCCGAGUGCCCAAGAGAGAGGACUUCAUGUUACAAGUGUAUCCUGGAGUUGUACAGGUUCAGUUAUUGCCUGUGCCUAUGGUCGGAUUGACGAUGGUGACUGGAGCACUGAGAGGUCAUGUGUUUGCACAUGGAACUUGAACCGUCGAGGUCUGCACACCAAGCAAGCUGACCUGGUCAUAGAUGUUCCUACUGCAGUCACAGCCCUGUGCUGUCACCCUAACCAGCCUGCCCUCAUCGCAGGGGGUCUGUACAGUGGAGAGGUGGUGGUCUGGGACACCAGUCGGACUCAGGACCCUAUACUGGCUCAAACUGGAAUGUCUGCAGACAGUCACAGAGAACCUGUUUAUCAGGUUGCUUGGGUCCCCCUGCAGAGAAAAGGAGAGUUUGGGGUGUUGAGUGCUAGCUCAGGAGGAAGGGUGCUGCUGUGGACGGUGGACUCAGAUCAGGGCAGAUUUGUCCUGAAUGCUGCUUACGCCUUAGUGCGCCAGCAGGUUCCCCACAGCAGCAGCGCUCGCUUCAAGGCCUGCGGCAGCAACACUGUGGGAGUCACCUCUCUGGCUCUGUCUCCAUGGGACCCUGACACCUUCUUAGUGGGCUCUGAGGGUGGCCUGCUGCUCAGAUGCUCCUUCUCCUCCCAGACACCGGCUGCAGUGCCCUCAGAGGGCCAGAGUGUGACACUGAGAGCCCCAGCAGUCUUCUCAUUCAGGCCUCGCAGUGGCCCAGUCCACUCCAUACACUGCUCCCCAUUCCACAGGAACCUGUUUGUGAGUGCAGGGACGGAUGGUCAGGUCCACCUCCACUCUUUGCUGCAGCCCAACCCACUGGUCUCUCUCAGGGUUUCAGAUUCCUACGUGUUUCAGGUGCAGUGGUCGCCAACUAGACCACUGGUUUUUGCUGCAGCCACCGGACAAGGUGAGGUGCAGAUUUUUGACCUGGGCCGCAGGUCUCCGAAAGCAGCAGCCACCAUUGUUCAGGGAGAUGCAGGUCAAGCUGCAACAUGUUUUGACUUCAACUGUCAGAAUCCUCACCUCUUAGCAGUGGGGAAAACAGACGGGACAGUCGGCAUUUGGCAGCUGAGCACUGAUUUGACAGAGCAGAGCUCCAGAGAGAGCAGCCAGCUGGAGCAGAUUGCCAAUCAGGUGGCAGAAUGAGACAUUACUCGGGACAGAUGAAACUGCUGCACAGGACUGACUGAUCCCUGUCAGACAAGUGUGUUUAUGGUGGUUGCAAAUGUGGAAUUGAAAUUAAUAGAGUAGAGGUUUCCAGUUCUAACCAGUAGCGUUUAUUAAAGCACACUGCAGCUGUUAAGGUGUUGUUACAACAUUGUUACUGUUAGGUUCUUAAAUUUAUCGAAAGCUCAAGCUAAAACAGCUAAAAACAAUCACAUUCAAAUGUAGACAGAUCCACUAUGCUAUCAUGAGAAGCACAAAGAGUUAAGGGUAGAGCAAGAUAAAUAGAUAGUACAGAUAGUUGUUAUUGGUGAAUAUUCCUAGUGCCACAAUCAUGCAGUUUCAGCCGUGUGUUCGUGUUGAAGUGUGUGUGGGAAAACGCAUCCCGAUUGGUAACUGGUGGGUGAGGGAUCAGUUGACAAAGAGUGAGCGGGUGAAUUCCACAAAGUCGAAAGCCGAUGGCAGUUCGCGGCCCUUGCUGUCGAGGUAGGGCUUCAUGUGCGAGAGGCAGUAGUCGGCCUGCUCCUUGGUCAGGUUCUGAAAGGAAGAAGAGGACAGUAAGACCUCCGUGCAGACCAGAAACUGAAUGCACAUGAAGAGCAGUGAGCACAUCUGACCUGGUAGAGCUCUUCUUUAGUGACGUAGGGUUUGUUCUCAGUGCUGAGGGCUCGGAAGGCGCUCUCGAUCUCCUCACUGGACUUAACGUUCUCCGUCUCACGGCUGAUCAUGAACGCCAUGUACUCCUGCAACGACACGUUUCCAUCCCUGCAGACACAUUCCUUGGAGUUAGGCAGCAGAUACGACUGUGCACCAAAUACCAACAACUACUACAGCCUUGUCAAUGUAAUUUCCUUAAUUACAGAACCAGGGAUGGACAGACAUGGUAGAGCAGCUUAAACAUUCCUAAGCCCAUGAUAUAACUGUAAGAUACAAUAUUUGUCCUUUAAAAAAAUAUUUAUGUACCAUGCUAGAGUAAGAACUUUUGCAUUGUGCUUUCUUAGUCUCUGCUUUGGGGCCUGUCAGAUUCUUUGACCUGUUGCAGUUAAGGUUGGUUAAGUUAAGGUAAGUGCACACUGUGCAAAACAAAAGUAGAAUUAACAAAUGACAUGGAUUGAGACUUGAUAAAGCAAUCUCAGACGUGUCAGACCUGUUGGGAUCCACAGUGUCCAGUAUGGACUCGAACUCAGGAUCAGGUUCUCCCUCUUCCACCAUGGGCAGGUCGUAGCCCAGUGAGCGCAGACAUGACUUGAACUCCUGAUGGUUCAGACGGCCUGACUUCUCCUUGUCGAAAUGCCUGCAAAGUAACAGGUAAAGAUGAAGAUUUGACUUGGACCAAACACAAAGAAGUCACGAUAAGAUCAGAAGAAAUCUACUUACUUGAACAUCAUGCUGAACUCUUUCAGAGCCUCCUCUGUCACUCCAGUGGUGUUUCUGAAAGAGGGAGGAGGAACAUGAAUGUAAAACUGCUUAACAGCUUUCAUAUGACGAGCAGCGCUCCCUCAACAGUGGGUUUGAAUGCCACAGUGUACCUGGCCUGUAUUUGUUGCUCCAGAUUGUGUUGCAUCCUCAUUCCCAGUUGGUCCAGUUGGUCCCACUGCUGGGCCAGGCCCACUGUGCUGUGCUCUGUGUACUUGUUGUCCAAGAUCAGCGCUUCCUCCAUAGCUGCGCCCAAGUCUUCAAUUUUCUUCAGCUGGCUGCGCAUGGCCCGGAUCUCCUGGUGCUUACGCUACAGACACAAACACACAUCAACAAAACAUGACACACGGUGUCUUACUGCUCAGUGUGUUGGUCGUAGUGAUGUUAAUGUGCGUUUAUUAUUCAAUCAGGUGGAUGUGGCCACUGGACGUGCCAAUGCAGUCACAGUGGAGACUCGAGUGUUCCAUGAUGGACUUACUGAGAAACAUCAUCAUCAUUUCAAAUUAUACUGGCAAUAAUAUAUACUGUAUAUUUUGCAUGUUACACAGAUGUCAAGUUCUUUUUUCAUGGCAUAAUUUUGGUAUAUUGCACAUUAAGACAUUUUUGUUCAUGGUUGUGUUGUUUCCAAAGAGGUGCAAGACUUAAUAUUGCAGUGACAAGUGAGUAAAAAUGUGAUGGGAGCAAAAAAAUAAAAAUAAAUACAACUCUCUUAAAAUAUUUUACCAUUAAAACAUCAAGCUAU